CUAAGCCUGCCAAAUCGGGUUGGUUUAGACGAGCAACGCUACUAAAUCCUCUCUUUCGAGGGAGGGAAGGUUGGGACGGUUGUUUCCUUCUCGAAUUCAGAUCGUACGGCGUUCAAGAUCAUGCGGCCUCUCAGAUCGUGAGGGAUCUGAGACUGUGUUGGUACGGCUGGGCCAGCAGACUACCAGCAACUCAAUAACUAGCAGCGCGCUAGUAGCAGACCCAGAGAAAUAACGGCACGUUUUUCACAGCUCCAGCUAUUACUAAACCAGUCAUCGGAGAUCGGUCUCCGUAGCAGUACAAUCCCCGUAGCGACGUCAGCCCGAAAUCUCCGUCAGGGUGACCAGGUUACACAGUGUCGCGGUUACAAGGUAACCAGACGUAAGCCAUGGCGAGAAAGAAGGUGGCGGAGGUGAUAAAGGUGAACCCUAAGGACAUGGGAGGGAGGAAGACGCUGCCGUGUUUCGUGGAGAUGAUGGCGUUUAUGAGCUGCAUCAAGGAGAACGCUUUUGACACCACGCCGUGCCAGAAGCACCUGUCCGCGCUCGAUGCAUGCAUGGACACCCAGAAGUCCAAGGGCAAGACGAGAAACACAAUCAAUUUCCACCUGCAGAGAAUAGCCAAGUCCAUGAGGAGAUAAUCGGGAUGCAGCCUCCAGGUGGAUUGCGAUUCAGGUCACUUGGGUGUGACUAGGAAAUAACGGUUAGGUUGGGCUGGUUUGGAUAGGGAAUAACGCAUGAUAAUUGCAUUUCCUGUUGGAAAUGAUAAAAAGAACUUCUAUCGUCGACAAGGAUAACAGACGCUUGCGCAUAGGCUACAUCUAUCGUCUGGAGCCUAUUGGCACUACCGGUAUCUGAU